AUGAGUCCUGUCCAUAAAGAUCUUCUGUCAACGAUCCUACAGUUCCUUAAGUAUGAGAAUCUCCAAGACACUGCUCAUGCUCUUGAGCGCGAGACAGGAAUUUUCUUUGAUGCUAAGCAUUUUGAGAUAAUGGUGCUUGGAGGAAAAUUCGACGAAGCUGAGAAGUAUCUAUCUGGUUUUACUAAUAUGCAUGAUAACUUGGAUUCUACCAAGAUCUUUUUUGAACUAAGGAAACAAAAGUUUCUCGAAGCAUUAGACAGGAAAGACCGUCCUAAGGCCCUUGAUGUUCUCACGAAGGAAUUGCAAGAUUUCUCAAGGAAACAUGGAACACUUCGCAGCUAUGGAGAUCCAAAGAUUGAAAGGAUUCACGUGAUGAAUGCACUUAAGACAUUUAUUUCAGAUAAUCCAGCAUUCAAAGGCAAAAUGGAUCCUCCUACCAGCAGAAAUGCAUCCUUGCUUCGUCUCCUUGUGCGUGGAGAUCUUGACGGGAGCACUUCAAUGACUAGGGACGUCACCUUCUCCGGGAGGUCUUAG